GAUUGAUUGAUUCAUUUCACCCCGGAUAAGAAGAUAGCAAUACUUAACCCAAUUUUGUACUAUACUAACCUAACAUUUGGCAGUGUGCUUAUCGAAUUCAAAAUAAUAUUUUUAUUUAAUUAACUAGUGCCUAAUUUGAAACAUUCAGCAGCAACUGUGAUAGAUAAAAAUCGCACGAUGAGUGUGAAACACAAAAUCUCCAAAGCAAAACGAAACAACCAGAAAAAGAACAAGCUAGUGAAGCAGGGCGUUAUAAAGAAGGGGGCCAAGAAAUUGAAAAUCCAGCGUGAGCUUCCGCCUAAAGUGUUGAAAAAACCCAGCAACGAUGAUGUGUCUGAAGAGGAGAGUGAUCAUGGGGAAGACAUGCUUCAAAUGGUCGAAAAGGACGAUUUGGAAUUCUUGAAACAGGCUAUUACCAAUAGGAGUUAUGGGAUUUUAAAUAAAGUGAAAUAUUCCGGGCCGUUGACCAGCAAAGCUAAAAAAAGGAAAUUGAAUGAAGAUAAUGAAACGUUGGAAACUGAAUAUGAGAACCAGAUUGAAGAUACCAGCACUAAAAGGGUCAAAGCCCGACUUCCAAUAAAAACCCAGCGGGGCCUAGUGGAAAGAGAGAUUGUCGUAGACAUUCCAGAAGAGGAAGAAAAUGAACAAGAUGAGAAUUACGAUGAAAAUGAGCAAUCAGACGUCGAGGAGGAAGAAUUCACUUUGCAUCAGACUGAGAUUGACUUAACUAAGCCGAUAUCAGCUGCUCAGCUCAUAGCAGCAAGAAGCGAAACCCUGAGGCAAAAGAAGAUCCAUAUCGGCACACUCAGUUCUGGUUUGUUGGAAAAUCCCGAAGAAAAAGUCACCAACCUCAGAACGUUGUUGACGCUCAUGGAUGAUGAAACCCCAGAAGUGUUUUUUACCGUUAGGAAGCUGGUUAUUGUGUCUUUAGUGGAAGUUUUCAAAGACAUAUUGCCAGACUAUGAGCUAAAAAAUGUUAAUCCCGAUGGAGUCAAGCUAAAAAAAGACACUUUGAAGCUACAAAAAUAUGAAGAAAACUUGCUGCUUUACUACAAAAAAUUCCUGCUCAAACUGGAAAAGUAUUGCUUUAUGUUGGUGAAAAAGAAGGGCGACAGCCGGCAGAUUUCAGAGAAAGACGUCGAGGUAUCAGAGUUGUCGGUCCAUGCGAUGUGCGACUUGUUCUCAGCUCAUCCCUACUUCAACUAUGGACAAAAUAUUGCUCAAGUCCUAGUGCCGUUUUUGAACAAUCCUAGAAAACACAUAAGAGAUGUCGUCAAGAACACUAUUUGCGGUGUUUUCAAAGAGGACAAAAAAGAGGAAAUCACUCUGAAGGUUUUACGGCUGUUGAAUAACUUCCUAAAGACUCACUCGCAUACGAUUCACGUCGAGAUGCUGGAAAUUCUCCUGGUUCUAAAUCUCAAGGAUGUCAAUCUGGACCAGGAGAAAGAGCAAGAUGUGAAGAAUAAAAAGCUUCAGGCGAAGAGAGCGCGAAUCCUGCAAAUGUCCAAAAAAGAACGAAAGAGAAAGAAAAAGCUACAGGAGCUGGAGAAGGAAAUGUUGGAAACCAAGGCGGAAGAGAGCAAGCAGGUGAAGCACCAGAAUCUGACCGAAAUCACCAAGAUCAUCUUCAACAUUUACUUUCGUAUAUUAAAGAACUCUGAAAACCGCAAGAUGUUGAGCGUCUGCUUAGAAGGACUUACGAAAUUUGCUCAUUGCAUCAACUUGGAGUACUAUGUUGACAUAGUGAAUGUACUCAGCUUCUUGCUGAAUGAAGACUGGUUAGGAUACAAGGAGCAGCUUCAUUGUAUACAAACAAUUUUUAUUAUGCUGAGUGGACAAGGAGAAGGAAUCAACAUUGACCCUAGCAGGUUUUACAUUCAUUUAUACAAGGACCUCUUGACAACAAAUGCAGGAAGAAACCAUGAUAACGCUUUCACAGUAUUAAAAACCUUAAUAGAUGCAUUAAUUAAGCGGAGAAAGAAGAUUACUAAUAAAAGGAUUAUUAACUUUGUUAAGCGACUGGCGACUUUGAGUUUGCAGCUGUUGCACCAUGGAUCAUUGGGGUGUCUAGGGCUAAUUAAGACCCUGAUGCAGCUCAAUCGUUCAGUGGAUAUUCUGCUGGAUUUGGACACCUCAGUGGGUGAAGGGAAGUACCAACCGGAGAUCGCCGAUCCAGAGUUUGCCAAUGCUUCCAACACUGCACUUUUUGAAACGGUUUUAUUGUCCAGACAUUAUCACCCGGUGGUGAAGAAGCUUGCCAGAAAUAUCGCUAGUGGGGUGCCAGCAACUGGAGACGGCAGCUUACCUCUGGAAUAUGGGAAAAUGACUAUUGAGCAAUUGUAUUCGGAGUUUGAUAUGUCCGAAAUGGCCUUUAAUCCUCCGAUUCCAGUUUUAAAGGACGUGAAGGUCAAAGGUCGACCUGCAAGCAGGCAUUUUGCGGAUGGCUCCUUUUAUGACGAGUGUAAAGCUUCAAUUAAAAAUUCGAAAGGUAAAGGGACUUUCUGGAUUAGCAUUUGAUCUGUAGGAACUGUGUAAAUAUAUAUUUUUUAAAUUGGAA